GUAUUAAAAGGGUUGCACACCCCUGAUUUACAGUAUAAUAAUAACAACAAUAAACGCGCAUUAAUUUAGUCGAUGUCGCUAUCCUUCUGUGUAUAAAUCUUAGCAGAGAAAUUCGUUUUCUGGGAAAUGAUAUAAAGACCAAGAAUAUUACCCUUUCGAUAAAGUAUAGCAGUCAUUAUGAAAUUCAUAAACAUACUAUUGGCGAAUGUCAAGAAAGGGAACUCAUUGCACAGCUGUUGCUGAAUUUCUCAAGAACAUCUACUUGACUGAUAUAGACAAGUAAAAAUGCAAAGACGAUAUUGACAAUUCUAAGAAACCACUUGACAAAUGAAGUUUUGUACACGGUUGAGUAGUUUUUAAGAAUCCUACUUUACCAAUGACCCAUCCGCAAGUGUCGUAUUAUAAUUUUGAUUAGUGCGCUGUGCAAAUAUCAUUUAUAAGCAAAUUCGUCAAUGCUGAGUCUUGUGAUGCCGCUCAAGUCAAGCUUUCGUUUCAAUAUAUCGGUAUAACAAAGCCAAGUAACUUAAACACAUUUUGGUUUAAUCUAAUAUUUUUUGUAAAAUUUCAUAAAAUGGACUUAAAUAUGUGCUUUAAUAUUAGCCACUUAACAUACUUCAUGAAUUUAAUAUAUUUUGUAAAAUUCAAUUGUUUUGUAUGGCAGAUUCAUACACUGUACAAUGUGGCUAAAUAGUUACAGCAUUCAUAUAUACAUACUUCUAGUUCACGUUGUUAUAUUUGACUAAAGUUGCCGUUUUUUGUUUAUUUUUUAUGCUUAUAUUUUCAGAUCAUGUAAAUUUAAAUCUUUGCAGCCAAAGUAGGGAUGGGAGGCUAACAUGUACAAUAUUAGAUCAAACUAAUUCACCACUCGAGCCUCUGCAAACUUUGAGAGGGCAUUUACAAUUCGCAAAUAAUGUUCAAGACGUUUUGUUUGCUUUGCCUGAUCCUUUGCUGCCGCUUCGUUAUCGGACGCCUUCCCGUCGAUGUUUUACCCAUAAACACAUUUACACAAUCAGAUUCGCUUCCCGUGUCUCUAUUCUCCAGAGUUUAUGGAAUUGUACAAGUGGAUCAAAAUUACUAUGUUUUGUCAAAGAAUCAAGUUUCUUCAUUGAAAGUGUCAUCAGAUCAAAAUGGAAAAGCAGAACACAGAAUACAAAAGGUAAUUGAAUGGACGUCUUCAACAUCAGCCGAUAAUCUGUGCCAACAUAAAACGAGAGAUGUAGACACAUGCAAUAAUUUUGUUCGCAUUUUCGCGCCAAAAGAUGAAUCGGCGACACAAUUUAUCGUGUGUGGAACUCAUUCAUCCCAACCGAAGUGCAGGAUUUAUAAAAAACAAAAAGACUCAUUUGUAUCAAUUGAGGAAUUUUCAGGAAGUUCAAUCUGCCCGUUUGAUCCAAAACAAACCGGAGCUUCUAUUUAUACAGGAGGCAACAUAUAUUCUGCGACUGUAAAAGAUUUUCUCGGAAGAAAACCUGUUAUAUAUCGCCAUGGUGUCAACAGUGAUAGCCAAGAUUUAGAGAGGACUAAGAGAGAUGAAACGUGGCUACUGGACCCAUCCUUUGUCAAAUUUGUUGAGACCAGUGCCAAAGUGUACAUAUUUUUCAAGGAGGAAGCCGUAGAAGGAAACAAUGGGCUCCAAUAUUCUCGAGUAGCCCAGAUUUGCAAGGCCGAUGAAGGCGGAGAUCAUAUAUUAAGAAAGCAAUUUACAUCCUAUCAAAAAGCGAGAUUGAAUUGCUCUUUUCCUGGCAACCCUCCUUUUUAUUUCAACGAGCUGAAAGCUGUAACUGAGUUUGUCAAUGUCCCUAACUCUCCGGGAAAGAAAAUUCUUUUUGCUGCUAUGAAUACCCCAAGCAACAGUAUCUGGGGUUCAGCAGUAUGCGCUUUUCUGGAGGAGGACAUCGAAUCUACUUUUUCAAAAUCAUAUCUUGAACAACACACAAGUACAGAAGGUGUUUCUUAUUGGUCAGAAAAGGAAAGCGACCCAACUGUCAAAGAAGCAUUGAGAAAAUGUCAGUUCGAUGGUCGAGGAAAACCAAUAUUGACAGAUGAAAAUCUUUUAUUUGUGAAAGAUCAUCCUCUCAAAUCGCAUUCAGUACCGACUUGGGCUCAAGAUGGAAAAUCGAAUAUUCCAAUUUUUAUGAAGUUGAACGCAAUGUACCAGUUUACGGCCAUUGCGAUCGACACCAAUGCUGGUUCGAAUGGAUUAUACUUAGUGAUAAUACUAGGAACGACUGAUGGAAAAAUAUUGAAGAUUGUACCCCCGCUCUCACAAUCCAUCACAGAAUCACACUUUGUAGGGGAAACAGCUGUUUACGAUGAAACGAAGUGCGGCGAAUCGGACAAGGAAGUAAAAGACAUCAAGAUUGAUAAAGUCAAUGGAUUCAUACUGGUUGCAUUUUCAAAUUGUGUCAUUUCCGUUCCGUUGUGUCCGAUUUCGUCACCAUGUUCAAGGGAUUGCAUAUCUGCACGAGAUCCAUAUUGUGCUUGGGAUGGAGACAACUGUGUAAAUGUAUUGAAACCUGAAGGUCUGGAGCAAGAUAUAGCAAACGGUGAUGUUACAGGGCUACCUCAGUGCGCAACAAACGUUAUACCUCCAGAAGUGAUCGGAGAUUCUGGAAACGGCGUUGGAAAAUCGGAUAAUAAAUCAACUAACAUGACGAAUGAAGGUUCGAUGAACGUAACCACAGCUAUUGUACCGAUUAAGGAGACCACUGCAACAGCAGUCGCAGCGCCUAUUGUAAGUUCAGCUGGAUUUUCAUCAAUGUUGCUUCCAGGAGCGAUUGGCUUCAUUAUUGGUGCUCUCGUGAUUUCGAUCUCAAUAUAUGUAUUAUAUCUUUAUCGUGAGAAAAAAAGAAAGAAAUUAGCUAGCAAUCGACAAGAUGGUGGAAUCGUAACUCCAAGGAUGAAAGACAGCGGAAAAAAUGCUAAUAGUGCUAAAAGAAACUCGCAAGGAUCGGCACAAGGCAAACAAGAUAGAAUAAAUACAAACAGUACAAGAAGACAACACAGCAAAAGAAGUGAGAGUAGUUUAGAAGAUGACCCAUUCUUAGAUGGAAAUCAAUCAGAAGGAAAUGCAAACUCUCUUGAAAAGUCCAAGCGGAAACGAGAAAAAAGUGCGAAUCGAAAAUCAAAUGCAUCAUCAUAUCGACGAGAAGAGAGUUUGGAAAAAGCACACAAUAUAUCUGUCAACAGACAGGUCUCUAGAGAAAGCAAUCACGAUCCAGGUCCUAAUAACGAAGAUCCGGAGGGGGAACUAUUGUUUUCAUCAACAGAGUACGUACAACAACAACCACCUUCGCCCCCUCAAAACGCUGCUUUCCGCAGGACGUUUAGUACUGGCAAUGGUCGACAAGAUGGAGUGGUACCACGCCAAAACGGUCGACAGCAAAUUAAACGCCAACUUUCGUUGCAAAUGCCGAUGAACACUGCUCCGGCAAAGUUUUAUCCGGCAUUGACUCCAGUCAGGGUCGGAACCCAGAAUCCAUUAGAAAUAUAUAACCAACAACAGCAGCAAUUGCAAGGGAAUUUCGACCCCGCGCAGGCGCCCGGUUGGCACCCCUCUCCCAUGAAAGCUCCUCAUGGCUUAGCGAGACAAUAUCAGACAACAAGUCUUGAUCGCAAGAUGUUAAAAGCUGGAGGUAUGGCUCAUCCACAGCAACACCAUGACACACAACAACAACCAAGAAAUUAUUCGGAUACUUUGCCGGCAUCUGGCAUGGACGACAUGAAAGUUCAAGGACGCCGUCGAUAUCCAAGUGAAUCGGUUGUGAUUGGGGGAAGUGGUGGACGCCCACCUCCACUUUUCUUUGCCUCAAAGCAGCCUGUGUAUCAGUCUAUCGAAGAAGAAACGUCACCACAGCCAGAACAACAUUCACCAACAAAAUACCCCACGAACAACAUGCCACAGCGUAACACCGCCAGGAUGCGGCCCAAUCAUUUACCUAUUGGUAACAAUUCAGACCCAUCAGGUGGGGACCCACGUUCACCUUACACGAUGAUACCCUAUUCUAACCCAGGAACACCCAUGACAGAACAAAUUCCUCGUUUUGCUAUGUCACCCCAUCAAACUUCGGGGUACACUCUCCCUACUCAAUUGAGAAGACAGUAUACAGUUGAUGCACCGACUACGAGGUAUAAUAAUGCCCCACCAAAUCACCAUGAUUUUAACAAACAAUUUCCUCACCCUCAAUCAGUCCCCACUAUGAAAUCUUAUCCAAACAAUGAAAGGCAAGCACGAAGUAAUCCUGCAACCCCAGAAUGGGACGGAAAUCAUAAUAACUUCUUUCCUGGACCGGUGAUAACAUCUGAUAUGAGGCAUAGAAAUCCAAGUGGUAAAUCACAGGGUACUCCAACCACCCCACCAGUUAAACAAAUACAGAAUUUUGUACAUCCUGACGUCAUUCCAACAAACAAUAAAAGAGAUGGACGAGGCCCUGCUGAUGGAAUUGCCGAUCCAGUAUACAUGCUAAACAGCGAAAACAAGCCAAUGCAAAGUCAUGCAUAAAAGUUGCCUUGCCAAUAUCGGAAGAGAUUUCUAUGCGAGAAACGGUCAAACGUUCGCCAAUAUGCUGCUUGAAGAAAACUUGCCUUUUGAAGCUGCAGGUGACCUUAUUCGCAACUAGGCAGCAUACAAUCUAAUAGACAUUUUUGUUCUAAAAAGCAUUUUCAAUUUUUCAAUUACGGAUUCAGUUAAUAUGAAAACUUAAGUAAGUGCACAAUGUUUAACAUUUGAAUGAAAUAUCGGGCAAUAAUGAUGAAAAGCCCUCGGGUUCCAGUAGUAUUCAAAGCGAUAUAGUUUUAUUCUUUUUCUAACCGAUAAUAAAUUAAAAUUUUAGCUUCGGACAGGCACAAAUAAUUUUGAGUUAAAUUUUACUUCUGAUAUUAUACACAAGUGUCUAACCUCAGUUUCAUUUUAUAAUGCGAGCGCACAAAUUUUCAUUUUCCAUAUUAUAGUAUAUUAAUUAGUACUGCCUGCUAACUAACAUCUGAGUUUUUUGUGUUUUAUAUUCUUUUUGAUGCGAAUUUAUAUUUUGUUUUGCUUAAUUUUUAUGAAAAUACGGUUUAAAUCUCUGAAUGGAUUGAUAUUAUUAAUAUGAUAAUUUGAAUUGCUUUAAUUGGCCAUAGAGGUAAGUGACCUAAUAACCUUGUUUUAACUCUCAAAAUUAUCGAUAUAAAUAUCUCAUAUAUAGCCGUAUUAUCGAUAUUAUUGCCUUAUUAGGAAAACUGAAUAUAUCAUUUGUUUUAGAGAUUUAUUUGUCUAAUGAUGUCAGUUAUAUUAUACAUGAAACUCCUACCAAUAUGUUGAUAAGAAAAAUAUACUCCAAAUAACUAGCUAUGCGAGGUUCCUUGAAAAUUAUGCUUUUUUCAGUAUCUACUCAAAUUUGUGCAAUUUCAAUCCGUCAAAAAACGAUUUAAAAGUGAAAUUAGGCAUUGAAAUUUAUAUCAUUUUUUCUUAAAUUUCUACUAUCAUGUUGGUGCUCCGCAUCAGCCAAACGUUGAAUUUUAACGAAUGAUAAACAUCAUUGAAUUCCAAUGUUCCAGUUAAAGAAUUACCUUCAGUCGGUUGUCUCAAAAAUGUCUUGUAUUACUUGUCCCAAUUAUAUGAAUCUCACUUCAUUUGAAUAGUUGAUCUUUCGGUGCUCCCGUACCAAGAUGGCGCACAACCUGAGCAUAGUAAGUGUACCAGAUUAGGGUUGUUCAGGUUGUGCGUCAUCUUUGUACGGAUACUUACGGAGCGCCGAACUUUCUGCCAAAGUAUAAUAUCUAUCACGGAACACAGCAUGAAUUCCAUUUCAUAUGCUUACUCUAACCAUUCGCCCCAAAAUAUAUAUCUAUCAUAAUUCAGAAGUGUGGGACAAGUGUGAGAUGACAUUUUUAAGUUAUCACCUUCAGUCGACACGCCUAAAAGAAAAUAUUAUUUCCCACAUACCUCUCACUUACUUUUAGAUUUAUUUUAAAUACGUUAUUUUCCUUGUUGACAUUUUAGCAUCUACAUCUGGUGUCUACAAAUAUCCGAAGUUUUAUCCCUUAAAUAAAUCGGAAUUGUUGAUAUUCGAAACAGAUAUUCGUAGAAAUUAAGAUUCGAUUAAAUCUUUUUUCCCGUGGCAAUUUUGAGGUAAUCUAUAUCAUUUUGUUGCAAAAAUACAAAUUUCAAUUUGAUAUAAAAUCAUAGUUGUGAUAAUAUACAUCACCGAUAGAAACUCGGAUGAUUAUUUAUUUUAUUCGGACUCGUAAUUUCUUUUAUGUAUUAAGAGCCAUAUUUUCAUAACAAUAUUAAUAUCUGUAAUUCCAUGUAUAUUUUAUUAAACGCAUAAAAUCCGAAUUACAUUUCAAAUUUUAUUGAACCCGAUAAAGAGUUAAAUGUUUAUAAUUACACAUCGAAGUGCCUUAUAUUUUUUUUGAUCGAUCCAAUUGGGGUUUAAUGCUUUUAACGCUUCCACUACUUGUUACAUUUUGAACACAACUUUAGGCAUUUUCAACAACAAUUAUGCAUCGAUCCAAUAUUUUUGAAUUAUUUUUCCAGUCCCGUUUUUCGCUGUUUUUUUUUAUACUAUACAAUAUUUUGUUCGCUUUAUCGUUUAAUUUCUUGUUACUUUUUACUUUUACAAAAGGAGCCGACCAUGGUUGCCAAUAAAUGAACAAAACGUCCGCCCAACAUCAAAUUUUUUUACCAAAAAGUGAAAGAAAUUUCAAAUUUAUAGAAGGUCAUACUUGGGCUUGGCACCAAGUUUGAUCUAAAUGUUAUUGAAAUAUUUUGUAUGUGAUGUCGUUUAUGUUAAUGCCGUUCCAAUUUUACACUGCCAAAAUAUUUUUCUAUAUUUUUCAUGAUACCUUUUUGAAAAUUUCUAACAUUUAAUAAUUAAAACUGCGAUACAACCUUAUUCUAUUAUGCUCUAAAGUUCCCUCUUACAAAUGAAAUAAACUAUAUACUUGUCUCCGA